CAAACAAUCAAAUACCAUGCAUGAACCUAGACCUGUUAAGGCAUAGCCCCAAGUCUCAUAUACACUUGCUUAAUCUCUAAUUAUUUCUGUCUUACAAAUAUUACUCUCAAAACAACAAAAUUGCUAAAUUCAACAUUAUUCAACCAAACCCCCAAGUUUUUCUUUCAUGUCUUUUUACUUUGCAUUUAUGGGUCAACUCCUAGUUGACUUCUAACACUCUUAAGCAUUAAAAUCCUUUUCUCACUGUUGUUGAUUCGAACCCAGCUCUAUUGGGUUGCUAAACUGAUGACAAUCGUUUACUUAUCCUUUCUUUUCUAACCACAAUAAGAGGAUUGCCUUGUUUUUUUCAUCCGACGUUUUUCCCGUAGUAAUUGGGUCAAAACUCAAAUUCCUUGUUGGGCUUUUUGGCAGUUUCGUUCCUUCCUAUUAGAAGGUGGGGUGGUAGUUUUCAGGCUAUUUGAGGAGUUUUGGGACUCCACCCCCACGUUCUAUACCCUUUUGAUGAUAUCCCUAUUCUGAACCUCACUUUCGUGUCUCCUUUUUCUUGAUUUUUAUCUAUCCUUCUAUCCUGUCUCUUUUCUCGGGUUAUCUUCUUUCCCUCUCUAAUUCUUUGUUCUAAUCCUCUCUAUUUGCAGCUGCUUUGUUUUGAGAACAUGUUUAAAAUUGGGAUAUUAUUAUUAUUUUUAUUAAGUGGUGUUGAUGGGCUAGGAGUGAACUGGGGAACAAUGGCAACCCACAAGUUGCCACCAAAAACAGUGGUACAGAUGUUGAAGGACAGUGGUAUUCAGAAGGUGAAGUUAUUUGAUGCAGAUCAAUCCACCAUGAGUGCUCUUGCUGGUAGUGAUCUUGAAGUUAUGGUUGCCAUUCCCAAUGAUCAGCUUUCUGCUAUGAAUGAUUAUGAUAGAGCUAAAGAUUGGGUCAAACGCAAUGUCACCCGCUACAAUUUCAAAGGAGGUGUCAACAUCAAAUAUGUUGCAGUUGGUAAUGAGCCUUUCCUGACAUCCUACAACAACUCCUUUCUUAACACGACCUUCCCAGCACUUCAGAACAUCCAAAAUGCUCUAAAUGAAGCAGGACUUGGGAGCACCAUAAAAGCAACUGUACCUCUAAAUGCUGAUGUUUAUUUCUCUCCAGACGACAAUCCCGUACCAUCUGCUGGGAGAUUCCGAGAAGACAUUAAUGAUUUAAUGACCCAGAUUGUUCAAUUCAUGAGCCAGAACAACGCACCUUUCACAGUAAACAUUUACCCCUUUCUAAGUCUUUAUGCCAACGAGCAUUUCCCCGUUAAUUUUGCCUUCUUUGAUGGAGCCAGUAACCCCAUUGUUGAUAAUGGAUUCACAUACACCAAUGUAUUUGAUGCCAACUUUGAUACCCUGGUAUCAGCAUUGAAAGCCGCAGGUGUUGGUAAUAUGACCAUCCUUGUUGGGGAAGUUGGAUGGCCCACGAAUGGAGACAAAAACGCCAAUGUCGAUCUUGCUUAUCGGUUCUAUAAAGGACUGUUACCCCGGCUUGCAGCCAAUACCGGAACACCUCUUCGGCCUGGAUAUAUUGAAGUUUACUUGUUUGGGCUUAUUGAUGAGGAUGGUAAAAGUAUUGCUCCUGGUAACUUUGAGCGUCACUGGGGAAUCUUCCGGUAUGAUGGACAGCCGAAGUUUGCCAUGGACCUUACGGGUCAGGGACAGGAUAAGUUUCUUAUGGGUGCACAAAAUGUGGAAUAUUUAUCCAAGAAAUGGUGCAUGAUUAAUCCGAAUGCCAAGGACUUGAGCAAACUUGCAGAAAACAUCAACUAUGCAUGCACGUUCUCAGAUUGCACAGCAUUAGGGUAUGGUUCGUCUUGCAACGAGUUGGACGCCAACGGUAAUGCAUCAUAUGCAUUUAAUAUGUAUUACCAGGCUCAGAACCAAGGAGAUUUCAGUUGUAACUUUCAGGGUCUGGCAAUGGUGACAGAUCAGAAUAUAUCUCAAGCAAACUGUAACUUCACCAUCCAGAUUGCUGCCUCUUUCUCUCUGAAAUUAUUGCCUGGGAUUAUCACAUUUCUAACUGCAUUCACAUUUAUUUUACUAUAAGUAUCCGUGUAGAUUAUUUAUUUGCAAUAGUGGAUGUAUUCAAGAUUUCUGGCUGCUUCUAUCAAUCUGAUGCUUUGACAAAAUGACACUAUUACGUAAAA